AUGAUGAGGAUUACAUCGACAACGACAACGACAAAGACACCGAGAGAGUGCCACAGGCAGGUCGUCCACACGAAUGUCCCCAAUGUCCAAAGGCUUUCAAUCGCCUGGACACGCUCAAAUCACAUAUGCGCACGCACACUGGCGAGCGUCCCUACUCGUGUCCGCAUUGUCCGCGCAAGUUUGCCCAAAGUCAUCAUGCCCGGGAUCACAUUAAUGCCCACAACGGACAGCGACCACAUCAGUGUCCGCAUUGCCCAAAGGUGUUUACCCAGAAAUCCCAAUUUGCGUGCACACAUCAUUUUGCACACGGGCAAGGCAUACAAAUGUUCGCACUGUUCCAAGUCCUAUGCUCGCAACUAUGAUCUGAAGACACACCUACGUAUCCACAGUGGUGAUCGUCCCCACACGUGCAGCUUCUGCUCCAAGGGUUUCAAUCGCCGACGCGAUCUCGAGCGCCACAUUCGCCUCCACACGGGACAACAGCCCUUCAAGUGCUCAAAUUGUGGACAGCGAUUCUCGCGCAAGGAUCAACUGCUUAUCCAUGAGCGUAAUCAUGAGUGUGAAGUUUAA